GUUUUCUCUGCCCUCCCCAAAGCAAAAAAUUAUCCUAAUUUUUCUUUCAUAUAUAUUUUUGUCUCUCAGUUUACUCACCUGCCGCCGGCGCCGUUCGGUUCUCCGACGAUAAUUUAUCCCCAUUUUAUCCUUCCAAAAAAUCUUCCAGAAUUUCACUCUGUAUCCAAUUUUACUGUUCUAGGGUAUUGAUAAAAGGAAGAAAGGAAUUUCUUUUGGAGAAUUAUGGCGCUACAGGUGCAUCACCAGACUCCGGUGGCGGGUCAAAAUGGUGUGGCGGCAACGGCUGGCGGCGGCGGCGCCGUGGGUUCACCGCCGCCGGUGGUAGGAAACAGCCAGGUUGUUGUGUCGACGUCACUUUACGUGGGUGACCUUGAUUUUAACGUGAAUGAUUCGCAGCUAUAUGAUCUGUUUAACCAGGUUGGUCAGGUAGUAUCGGUUAGGGUUUGUAGGGACUUGAGUACUAGGAGAUCCCUUGGUUAUGGCUACGUGAACUACAGCAACCCGACAGAUGCCGCCAGGGCAAUGGAGGUGUUGAACUUCACUCCUAUUAAUGGGAAGUCCAUUAGGAUAAUGUAUUCUCAUAGAGACCCCAGUAUCCGUAAGAGUGGAGCAGCUAAUAUUUUUAUUAAGAAUUUGGACAAGUCUAUUGACAACAAAGCUUUACAUGACACUUUUUCAAGCUUUGGGAACAUUCUUUCUUGCAAGAUAGCUACUGAUUCUAAUGGCCAGUCUAAAGGCUAUGGUUUUGUACAAUUUGACAGUGAAGAGGCUGCUACAAGUGCAAUAGCUAAGUUGAAUGGCAUGCUUAUCAAUGAUAAGCAGGUGUAUGUUGGGCAUUUUCUUCGUAAACAAGAAAGAGAUUCUGCAGUUAGCAAGACUAAAUUCAAUAACGUCUAUGUGAAAAAUUUGGCAGAGUCCACAACAGAUGAGGAACUGAAAAAAACUUUUGGUGAGUUUGGUAAUAUUACUAGUGCAGUAGUGAUGAGGGAUGCUGACGGAAAAUCCAAGUGCUUUGGGUUUGUCAAUUUUGAAAAUGCUGAUGAUGCUGCUAAGGCUGUUGAAGCUUUGAACGGGAAGAAAUUUGAUGAUAAAGAGUGGUAUGUUGGGAAAGCUCAGAAGAAGUCUGAAAGGGAACAAGAACUGAAAAGCAAGUUUGAGCAGACAGCUAAGGAGGUAGUAGAUAAAUACAAAGGAGUUAACCUGUACAUUAAAAAUUUGGAUGAUACCAUUGACGAUGAUAAACUCAAGGAACUUUUUUCGGAGUUUGGCACAGUUACUUCUUGCAAGGUUAUGCGAGAUCCUAGUGGAAUCAGCAGAGGAUCUGGAUUUGUUGCUUUCUCAACUCCAGAAGAAGCUUCCAAAGCUCUUUCUGAGAUGAACGGGAAAAUGAUAGUUAGCAAGCCACUCUACGUUGCACUUGCUCAGCGCAAAGAGGAGAGAAGAGCUAGGUUGCAGGCACAAUUUUCACAACUGCGACCAGUUGCAAUGGCUGCAUCAAUGGCUCCUCGUAUGCCAAUGUAUCCUCCUGGUGCACCUGGUAUGGGACAGCAACUAUUUUAUGGGCAGGCUCCUCCUGGUAUGAUACCACCCCAGGCUGGUUUUGGCUAUCAACAGCAGCUUGUUCCUGGAAUGCGGCCUGGAGGAGCUCCUUUGCCCAACUUCUUUAUGCCAUUAGUCCAGCAGGGUCAGCAAGGCCAGCGACCGGGUGGUCGACGUGGUGCAGGGCCUGUGCAACAAACUCAGCAGCCCAUGCCCAUGAUGCAGCAGCAGAUGCUCCCAAGGGGAAGAAUGUAUCGGUAUCCACCUGGUCGUAAUGGGCAGGAGGCGCCAAUACCAGGCCUGGCAGGGGGUAUGCUUUCUGUUCCAUAUGACAUGGGUGGCAUGCUGCCUCGAGAAGCUGCUAUGGGACAGCCUAUGCCAAUUUCAACAUUGGCUUCUGCCCUCGCAAAUGCACCACCUGAACAGCAGAGGACGAUGUUGGGUGAAAGUCUGUACCCACUUGUUGAUCAGCUGGAGCACGAGCAUGCAGCAAAGGUGACGGGCAUGCUUCUUGAGAUGGAUCAAACUGAGGUUUUGCAUCUGCUUGAAUCACCAGAGGCGUUGAAGGCCAAAGUUAAUGAGGCUAUGGACGUUUUGAAGAAUGUUCAGCAGGCUAAUAGCCCUGCUGACCAACUAGCCUCUCUCUCUCUCAAUGACAACCUUGUGUCUUGAGUGAUUAUGUGCUGUCCAAGUAAUGUGGAAGUCUCCGUUUUGAUUAGAUAAUUUCCUUGGUAGUGAAAUAGAUUUUGCUAGGAUGAGCUUUUCGAGAUAACUUUUUAGGUUUCCUUAUAGGAUGUUUUAUUUUGGAUUCCGGUUAGCUUUAUACAUUGUGGAGGUUAUCUUCCUUUUAUGUUAUGUUAUCCAGUCUUGAAUCUAUUAUGCUUUCGUGUUCUGAAUUUCUCUA